AUGGCUUCGUUGUCGAGAUUUUCCUCCCGACUGAUGGCUCCUUCAAAGUCGCAAGUUGCCUCACAGAGGCUCGCCUCGCUCAACCGCCAGUUCUCUUCCACGCCCUCAUUGGGCUUCGAAGUGAAGAAGCUUGGUGUUGUUGGUGCUGGUCAAAUGGGUCUAGGAAUUGCACUUGUCGCAGCUCAAAAAGCCCAAGUCCCAGUCACGCUUGUGGACACCUCCCAACAAUCGCUCGACCGCGGCCUCGCAUUCGCCGACAAGCUCCUCGCAAAGGAUGUCUCGAAGCAGAAGAUCACCGAAGAGAUCGCAAAGGCUACAAGAGAGAGGUUAAGACCCACCACAAAGAUGUCGGACCUGUCCGACGUGGACAUGGUCAUCGAAGCCGUCCCCGAGAUCCCGUCGUUGAAGGAAAAAAUCUUUGCUGAAUUGGCCGAAAUAUGUCCCAAACAUGCCAUCCUGGCCACAAACACGUCGAGUAUAAGCAUCACCAGGAUCGCGCGGGCGACCUCAAAGGACCCCACCGAUACCUCUGCGUCGUCGCGGGUUGUGUCGACGCACUUCAUGAACCCAGUGCCCGUCCAGAAGGGCGUGGAGAUCAUCUCCGGCCUGCAGACCUCUCCCGAGACGCUCGCGACGGCCGUCGCAUUCUGCGAGAAGAUGGGCAAAGUCUGCUCUGUCUCAGCCGAUAUCCCGGGGUUCCUCGCCAACCGGAUCCUGAUGCCCUACAUCAACGAAGCGAUCAUCUGCUUGGAGACCGGGGUGGGCAAGAAGGAGGAUAUCGACAGUAUCAUGAAGAACGGGACCAAUGUGCCAAUGGGCCCGCUCACGCUGGCGGAUUUCAUCGGCCUGGACACUUGUCUGGCCAUCAUGGAGACGUUACAUGCCGGUCUGGGCGAUAGCAAAUACAGGCCCAGCGUGCUGCUAAGGCAGUAUGUGGAUGCUGGCUGGCUGGGCAAGAAGAGCGGCAGGGGUUUCUACGAGUAUAAGUGA